AUGAAUGCCGUCGUCUUUGACGGGCCAUACAAGGUCUCACUGCAGCAAAGGCCAAUGCCCAAGAUUCAGGACGAUGGUGACAUUGUUGUCAAAGUCCUUGCUGCCGGACUAUGUGGAUCAGACCUACAUAUGUUCAGGGGCCUUGAGCCUGCAGGAACUGGCAUCGUUAUGGGCCACGAGUUUACCGGCACUGUCAUUGCAAUUGGGAAAAAUGUACAGACAGUCAAAGUCGGUGAUAAAGUUGUUGCACCAUUCACAGUGUCCUGUAUGAAAUGCUUUUAUUGCAAGAAUGGGUACUCGUCACGCUGCGUUGAAAAUUUGCUUUUUGGCUCAUCACGUCUAGACGGAGCACAAGCAGGCUAUAUCCGAGUUCCGUUUGCCGACGGGACCGUAGUCAAGGCUCCGCCUGAAAUUCACGACAAGGCUCUGAUUCUAAUGGCCGAUAUCUUUCCUACAGGCUUCUUCGGGGCUCGUAAUGCGUUUAAAGGCAUUGGGAUGCAAGAUCCUACUGAAGCAACCGCCGUUGUAAUUGGUUGUGGCCCAGUCGGAUUAUGCGCGCUGGUUUCAGCACUUGAAUAUAAGCCGAAGCACUUGUUCGCCAUUGACAGCGUAGACAGCCGGCUCAGAAUCGCUCAAACUUUAGGGGCUGAGCCUCUAAAUUUCAGAACUGACCCCGAAGGUAUGAUCAAGCGGAUCAAGGAGGUAACUGAAGGUCGCGGUGCCGAUAUCGUAAUUGAGGUAGUAGGCUUAAAAGCAGCCCUGAGAACUGCCUAUGACGUGAUAAGACCGUUUGGAUUCAUCAGCAGCAUUGGGGUUCAUAAUUCAGAUAUGCCAUUUACCGCUACUGACGGCUACGACAAAAAUGUCCGUGUUCAGAUGGGCAGAUGCCCAGUUCGAUCGGUCUUUGACGAUGCUCUGAAAGUACUUGCUAAGAAGCAACACGUGUUCAGUUUCAUGUUCGAGCAUAUCAUGCCACUCUCCGAUGCGGUUUUGGGAUAUGAGAUGUUUGAUAAGAUGCAGGUACAGAAGGUGAUAUUUGAGCCUUAA